CGAGCGGACGGGGACCCGGCGCGGAUCACGUGACACGGCCCCGGCGUCGGGCCUCCAAGAUGGCGGUGUGUAUCGCGGUGAUCGCCAAGGAGAACUACCCGCUUUACAUCCGCAGCACGCCCACGGACAGCGAGCUCAAGUUCCACUACAUGGUGCACACGUCGCUGGACGUGGUGGACGAGAAGAUCUCCGCCAUGGGCAAGGCGCUGGUGGACCAGAGGGAGCUCUACCUGGGCCUGCUCUACCCCACCGAGGACUACAAGGUGUACGGCUACGUGACCAACUCCAAGGUGAGGUUCGUCAUGGUGGUCGACUCCUCCAACACAGCCCUGCGCGACAACGAGAUUCGCAGUAUGUUCCGGAAGCUGCAUAACUCCUACACGGACGUGAUGUGCAACCCCUUCUACAACCCCGGAGACCGCAUCCAGUCGAGGGCCUUUGACAACAUGGUGACCUCCAUGAUGGUGCAGGUGUGCUGAGCCCGGAGCCCGCGGCCGCGCUGCAGCGAAGAGCAGCUGUGUGCGGGCCGUGUGCGCGCUCCCGCCUCUCCCUGGGCGCUCGGACUGUGUGCGCACCCCACCCCGCCUCUCCCUGACCCCUCCCUGACGCGCGUGCCGCGUGCGCGCCCCCAGCCUCGACCUGAGUGUGACGCCCCGGCCCGCGGGCGCGGCCGUGGACCCACUCCCACUAAAGUCUCGUGAGAAGA